AACUACCGAAGAAAAAUCAUCAUAACUUCAGAAAUGGAAACGAAAAAUUGCAAACAUUUUCCUCAUUUCGUUAAAAUAUACAGCUAUCCUGAACUAACCUUAGAUUACGCGAAAGAUCUCAUAGAAAAUAAAAAAAUAAAUGUUGAUGAAAUAAUAGAAUUUACGGGGACUUUGAAAACGGGGAUAAUGGUAAACAAGAUUUACAUAACGCUUAUUUAUGGUGCUGUGGUGAAUCAGGAUGAAAAACUAAUCGAUUAUCUCUUAAGUAAAAAUGCUGAUGUUAACAUAACAUAUGAUAACGAUACGGAUAACGUUAUUCACCGAGUAGUAAGAUAUGGAAAUGUAAAAUUGUUAAAGAAAUUGAUAGAGCAUGGCGCCGAUUUGAAUGUGAAAAGGGCUUGUUACUAUUGGAAAGGUAUAAAACAUUCAGUGCUGUACACAGCUAUUAGACGUCGUAAAUAUGAAGUGAUUAAGUAUCUCGUGAAUGAAGUUAUUACAAGCGAAGAAAUAGUGAAAGGUAUAACAGAUAUAUCGGAAAGGGUAUGGUUUGGUAGAUAUCUUAUCGAUUCAAGCAAUUUUUCUCUUUAUCAUGGGAAUUCUCUUAGGUUUCUUAAAUUAUUUUGGAAUAAGGGGAUUGAUAUAGUCGAAUACAAAUCACCUUCAAGUUUAUUGUCAAUUGUUUUGAUAAAAGCUCUUCAGUUUUCGAAUUUCAAACUAGCAGAAGAAGUGUUGGCUGACGGAGCUGACAUUAACUGUUCGAUUUAUCUCAAGGACAAGUCGUUUCCUCUAACAUACUAUUUUCUCUCAGAUUCUCUACACCGAUUGGCAUUUAUUGUCAGGCAUCCAAAAUUUAAUACAAUCAACGCUGUAACAGAAGACAAUCGUUCGAUGCUUCAUCAUCUAAUUUUGGAGAGAUUAGCAAAUCAACGUGCUGAAUUCUCUUUCAAGAGAAAUCUCAUUACCUUACUGACCGCUGGAAUAGAUGUUAACAUAGUUGACAGUGACAAUAAACUGGCAAUCGAUUGCAGUGAUGAUAAUGAAAAAGUUCAAUGUUUCAAGAGAUGUAUUGUCCUAUUGCUUGUUGGUGGUUAUUAUGUUUGUAACAGAAAUGUCGAAGCUGUCCAAGGACCAGAAUACGAUGUAUUACGUAACAGGUGCCGACAAGAAGUGGAAAGAAUGAAAUGUAUGAAAAUAGGUAUUAGUAGAAUGUCUUAUUAUGACGCGUUGCAUUGGUCGAUUCAUCAAAUGGCAGUUUACUUAAAAUUCGUUGAUCUAAACGAAAUAGCUUCUUUGAAUAAUUGUCUUUCUUAUUAUUGGAUAUGUAAACCCGAAAAAUUAAUGGAAAUGUUUCCUUUGUACGGGAAAUUCCUUCAUUUUAAGCUUAUUAAAGCUGCUCUAAGGAUUGAUCUGUUGAAACAGUCUGCAGAAAUCAUUGAGAGAACUAUCGAAAAAAAAUUCAUCAUAACUUCAGAAAUGGAAACAAAAAAUAGGAAACGAUGUCUUAAUUUCGUUAAAAUAUACAGCUAUCCUGAACUAACUUUAAAUUACACGAAAGAUCUCAUAGAAAAUAAAAAAGUAAAUGUUGAUGAAAUAAUAGAAUUUAAGGUCACUUAUAAAAUAGAUGUAUUCGUACAGAAGGUUUACAUAACGCUUAUUUAUGGUGCUGUGGUGAAUCAGGAUGAAAAACUAAUCGAUUAUCUCUUAAGUAAAAAUGCUGAUGUUAACAUAACAUAUGAUAACGAUACGGAUAACAUUCUCUACACCGAUUGGCAUUUAUUGUCAGGCAUCCAAAAUUUAAUACAAAUCAACGCUGUAACAGAAGACAAUCGUUCGAUGCUUCAUCAUCUAAUUUUGAAGAGAUUAGAAAAUCAACGUGCUGAAUCAUAUUUCAGGAGAAAUCUCAUUACCUUACUGACCGCUGGAAUAGAUGUUAACAUAGUUGACAGUGACAAUAAACUGGCAAUCGAUUGCAGUGAUGAUAAUACAAAAGUUCAAUAUUUCAAGAGAUGCAUUGUCCUAUUGCUUGUUGGUGGUUAUUAUGUUUGUAACAAAAAUAUCAAAGCUGCCCAAGGACCAGAAUACGAUGAAUUACGUAACAGGUGCCGACAAGAAGUGGAAAAAAUGAAAUGUAUGAAAAUAGGUAUUAGUAGAAUGUCUUAUUAUGACGCGUUGCAUUGGUCGAUUCAUCAAAUGGCAGUUUAUUUGAAAUUUGUUGAUCUCAACGAAAUAGCUUCUUUGAAUAAUUGUCUUUCUUAUUAUUGGAUAUGUAAACCCGAAAAAUUAAUGGAAAUGUUUCCUUUGUACGAGAGCCUCCUUCAUUUUAAGCUUAUUAAAGCUGCUCUAAGGAUUGAUCUGUUGAAACAGUCUGCAGAAAUCAUUGAAAGUAUUUUGUACUCUUUUCUUCCAUAUACUUUUAUAAGAGACCUAUACUCAUACUUGUCGAAUGAUGACUUGUGUAAGUUGAUCGAAACUUGA